UAUGAUGAAUAUUCAUGCUCACUGGGUGUGGCUACACAAGGCACAGGCUUUAAAUAUGGACCGAGACAGCAGCUAGUUGCUUGUUGAUACUUGGACAUUAUCAAGAGAACUCAACUAAGGUUCCACUUACAUUGCAAAUACACAGCUACUGACUGAUUUAGAACAAAAUGGAGAUGAUGCAGGAGCUCAUUCCAUUUGCAAGGGAGAUGCUAAGUGCUCGACCAUCAAAGGGUGCCAUGAAGGUAUAUCUGGUUGGAGGGACCUUUGCAGUCCUGGGCAUCAUGAGUGGAGUGGUGGAGGCUGCCUGUUCACUCUUCCCUGAGCAAGAAGAAAUCACCCUGACAAAAGUGAUGGAGGAGACCGUAACAGUGACGGCUCAGAUUCAAGAGCCACAGACGAUCAUCCCAGAAGAUGAUGAACAGGAUGCUGAGAUGGAAGCCAAAGCUAAGGAACUGCCCAUGCUCAGGCAGCGGCGUAUGAGUUUCCGUGCCCAUGCCUCUUAAAAUACACACUCACUAACACACUGCGUGUGCUGUCUUUGCACUGAGGGUUGUGUAUGUCUGACAGAGAGGAAAUGCAAAGUGCCUAUUGGGAUUGAAUGCUGUUGAACAGCUAAUGCUGGGAAUUCUGGGGGUGCCCUGUUCUCAAAUGUUACUUGUAAGUUUGUUAAGAUGAUGUAAUGAUUUUCUACUGGUUGAAUAUUAUUUAUAAAGGAUGUAACAAGUCUUUACUGAGUGAGCUUUCUCUGAUUGCAGAUAAAUAAAUUCUAGUUUGUGCAAAACAUG